AUGUUUAAACCAACCCAGGCGCUCUGCCGCCGCUACCGAAAGCUGCGCCUGACGACCAAGGACAUCAACAAGGGCUACUACAAGGGCACAGGUACAGGUCGCAUGGGCACGCACGACAGGUGGGGCGGGUUCUCGGUUGACUACAGCCUGGUGCGGACAUACGUCGUGCCAAAGGACCUGAACACAUUCAAGCUCACCCCCUUCGUCACAAACAAUGUCCGAGUCCGUUCCGGACUAGAAUCAUACCGCGAUUACGGCGCCGAGGGCCCCAGGAGUCCAAAGCUCUACCUCGACAAGUGGAAAGAAGAGAACGGUCAAGAAUGA